AUGCCCCUGUCUAUCACUGACAACAAGCACUUCAUUCACUUUCUCUCCAUUAUGGACCCAAAAUAUACUGCAGUGAGCCGCAGAACCAUCACCUCAAGACUUGACACAGUGGUGUCUGAGAGACAAUCAAAACUAAUAAUUGAAAUGGCCACAGUUGAAAAUCUGUCUGUCACUGUGGACAUCUGGUCAGACAGAAGAAUGAGAGGCUACCUUGGUGUCACGGCUCACUGGAUGAACACUGCAGCAGAUGCUAUAACUUUGAAAUCUCAUCUACUAGCUUGCAACCGCUUCAAGGGGUCACAUACGGGAGAGAGAAUUUGUGAAGAAUUUGAACAAAUAUGUGAUCAGUAUAAAAUCAAACAAAAGAUUGAUCCUAUAAUUUGUGACAAUGCACCAAAUAUGAAGAAGGCAUUCACCACAUGUUUUCCCAGUUCCCUUGAAGCAGAUGAGGAUGAUGAUGACUGCCUUGAUGAUGCAGAACUUUGGAGUGCCCUUCCAGUGGAUGAAGAGGAGAGGCUGAAUGAGACCUUGACCUCCAAAAGUCAGCAUAGACUACAGUGCUUUGCACACACACUACAAUUGGUUGUUGGUGAUGGUCUUAAAGAGACCAGGGCUGUCAGUUCGGCUCUGGCCAAAGCAUCGCGGAUCAGUUCUCUGCUCCACACAAGUACUUCUUUUAAGGAGGAAUUUGAGAAAGAAUUUGGCCAACGUGGAGUGCCUGCUUCUGUUGUUACUCGAUGGAAUUCGACUUUCCGACAGUUGAAGUCCUUGCUUAGCUGUGACUACCAAACUUUGUGCAAGGUCUUGGAUGUUAGAGGGCACAGAGAGACUAUUUUUACUCUAAGAGAGUGGGCUCAGAUUAAAGAACUGGUCAACAUUCUGAAGCCCUUUGCUGAUGCCACUGAUCUCACUCAAGGAGAGAAAGUUGUAACCAUAAGUGCUGUGAUCCCCUGUGUUCUCUCCCUCAACAAUCACUUGGAAAAUCAGAAAGAAGGAACACAAUACUUGGUCAACCUAAUCCACAGUCUUCAAAGAUCACUGCAGAGAAGAUUCAAAGGAAUCUUUGUCAGUGUAAACAUGUCUCAUCCAGAGACCAAUGAAGGAAUCCUGCCAUUCUCUGAUCCUGUUUAUGUCAAAGCAGCUGUUCUUGAUCCAGCCUUUGGGGUUAUGUGGAUAGAGCAUGAUGUAUUGGUUGAUGACAAGCUGAAGGAGCAGUUGACCAUGGAAGUAAAAAAUUCACCCAGAUCUACUCUGACUGUGACUCCAGACAAUACAGUAUUCACUGGAGAGAGAGUGAUUCUGACGUGUGUGAUUGAGUCUUACAGUGACUGGAGAUAUGAGUGGUGGAAAGGAGACUCAAAUAUUCAAGUGUCUCAGCGUCACACUGUAGACAGAAACACUCUCACUAUUGAAGGAUCUGGAUCAUCUGAUGAGGGUCAGUACACGUGUAGAGGACAGAGAGAUGGAGGAUCAGUCUCAUCACAAUCAGACUCUGUUUCUCUCUCAGUGAAGGAUUCCCCCAGAUCUACUCUGACUGUGACUCCAGACGGUCCUGUAUUCACUGGAGAGAGAGUGAGUCUGAAGUGUGAGAUUGAGCCUAACAGAGACUGGAGACAGAGAACUGACAAGAUUUAUAACCAGAGAUAUGACUGGACACCUGACUGGAGAUAUGAGUGGAAUAAAGGCAGUGUAAAGUUACAGUCGUCUGGUCGUUACACUGUAAACACAGACACACUCACUAUCACAGCAGUAACUACAUCUGAUGCGGAGAGACCAGAAGCUGUAGUGAAGGUUUCUCCAGAUCAGCGUGUGUUCAGAGGAGAGACAGUCACUCUCACAUGUGACAUACAGAGAGGAGGACACAUUCAGUGGACAUACAGCUGGUUUAAAGAUGGUUCAGUCAUCAGAGACGUCACUGAGAGAGUCUUCACCAUCACAUCUGUGUCUGAUAGAGCUGAAUACAGCUGUAGAGGAGAGAGAUCAGACUCACAGAGAUCACACAUCAGUGCUGCUCUUACACUGACUGUAUCAGAUCUGGAGCCAAAGCCUGAAAUCACAUCAGAUCCUGCAGGAGCUGCACUGACAGGAAACACAGUGACUUUGACCUGUCGCAUGAAUCUGUCUCCUGGAUGGGACUUUUACUGGUACAAACACACACUGAACUCUGAGACAAAGACAGAAACAAACUCCUACAGAGUGAAGAUUGAUUCAGUGUCUGAUGGAGGUCAGUACAGGUGUAGAGCUGGAAGAGGGAAACCAGUCUACUACACACAAUACAGUGAUGCACUGUGGGUAAAUGUUACAGUGAGUCCUAAAGCUGUGGUGACGGUACGACCAGAUGAACAAGUGUUCAGAGGAGAAACAGUCUCUCUCAGAUGUGAUAUAAAGUGGGGAGGAGACACUGAGUGGACGUACAGAUGGGAAACAGAGGGAACAAACUACCAACAUAAAACCUCUGUCAGCCGAACCUCAACACAAGAGCUGAACAUCAGCAGUGUUGAAGUCUUUCACCGUGGUAAAUACACCUGUACAGGACAGAUGGGAACACAAAGCUCUCAGCGCAGUGAUGCUGUAACACUGAAUGUAUCAGCUGAAGCUCAGGCAGCAGUGCGAGUGUCUCCACAGCCGUGGCUGACUGAAGGAGACUCAGUGACUCUGAUCUGUGAGGUUACGGUCUCCUCUACAGGCUGGACGUUCAGCUGGUUCAGAGAUGAUGAUCAUCUGUCCGACAGCAGCAGAGGAGCUGGAGGCUCUUACACUCUCAGUCCUGCUGCUCUACAGCACACAGGAGUUUAUACGUGCAGAGCAGAGAGAGGACGACCGGCCUAUUACACAAAGACCAGUAACACACAGCCCCUGUGGAUCACUGGUGUUUCUCCUUCAGUGUCUCUGGUGGUCCGUCCCCGCAGAAGUCAACACUUCUCAUCUGACUCUCUCUCUCUGAGCUGUGAGGAUCAGAUGAACUCUUCUGGAUGGACAGUGAGAAGAUACACAGACAGAAACACAGAAGAUUGUUCAAAACUAACAGGAUCUACAUGUCGACUCGUCUCUCUCAGCACAUCUGACUCUGGAGUUUACUGGUGUCAGUCUGAAUCUGGAGAGAAACGUCAUCCUCUAAACAUCACUGUACACAAUGGUGAUGUGAUUCUGGAGAGUUCUGUUGAUCCUGUGAUUGAGGGACAUACUCUGACUCUACACUGUUUACAUCGAUCUACAAACUCCUCGAUCCUCAGAGCUGAUUUCUAUAAAGACGGAUCACUCGUCCAGAAUCAGACGACAGGAGAGAUGAUCAUCACGACUGUCUCAGAGUCAGACGAGGGUUUCUACUACUGUAAAACAGAGAGAGGACAGUCACUGCACAGCUGGAUCUCAGUCAGAGGGUCAUCUUCAGAUCAGAUUUCAUUCUUCAUCAUCCUCAGUUUUCUUCUGGCAGCUUGUCCGUAUCUGCUGGUGACAGUCGUGCUGCUUUACAAAUGCUACAGAGCGAGAGUUAAAUCUAGUGAAGCCCAAAGGCAGUCGGCUGUAACAGAGGAAUAAUCGUCUCUUCUCCAAAGCUCAGAGUCACAGGAUGCUGGAGUCUCAGGCUGAAGGCUGGAAACACACUGGACACGAGCAGUCCAUCACAAGACUAACACACACACAUUCACACUCUCACUCAAUCCAGUGUCUCUGAUUCACCUGCGCUGUAGAUUAGAUUGUGAACACAACACAUGGAGAACAAGAGAAUUAACUCCACACAGAAAGAGCUCCUGCUCAUCAUCGACUCCAAAACCAGUUUCUUCAUGUGUGUCAGAUUCACUGGAAGCUACUGAAAGUUACCCUUUAAAUACCACAAACAACAAUUAUAAUGUCAAAUUACACCUGAACAACAUGCUGUUUUUAUGAUGCUAGAUGCUUUCUGUCGUCGGAGUAAAAGGAGUUUGAGUGUAAUUCUAUAAAUGUCUCUUUGCUGUUAAAUCUUUACUGAAUUUAAGGUAAAAGUAACUUUUACAGUGUUAGUAAUAUUUCAAGUCAAACACUUACUGGACUGAAGCAGCUUAUAUUUACCUGAUUAUCCAAACAUAACUGUAUUUGUUCUU